CCCCCAGGAUUCCAUGAUCACCCUAAAGCCCUCAUCCAAGUGAUUGCAUAUUUGCAACAAGGCACCAGGCCAUUGCGGCAAGCUUGUAUGCAAGUAACAAAUAUCCUGAUUAUCAUCACGCAUUCUUCUUUUUUUGCCCCUCACCCGCCAAACUGAAGUCCUGCGCUGGACAAGAAAACCCCGCGCCCCCAACCCCCCCUCCGGCGAAGUAUAAAGCGAACUUAAUACUGUUCAAUCAUGACAUCAGUGUGGGAAUUUUUCCGCACCCGGACUGAUUUCUCCCCCCUCCAGGGUUUCCUUAGUUAGGGUUGGGAAAUUGACGGAAACGAAGAAUGAAAUUCGGAGAGGCAUUUACAGAGUACUUACUGGGAGAGCGGGAGUGGAUGUUGGACAAAAAAUGCGUCCAUAUUGAAUACAAGAGGCUAAAGAAAGUGCUCAAGAGCUGCCAGAGUUGUACACGUUUGCAAAGUUCAUCCUGUUCUGAGUUUCUGGAAAACCAGUUAUGUCAAUGUCAAGCCUGCCCGCUAUGUGAUCAAAUGUUUUUCUCUGAAUUGAUAAAGGAAGCAUCAGAUAUAGCAAAAUAUUUCAAUUCAAGAGUCAGGCGUCUCCUUCAUCUUCAUGUUGCAACAGGAAUUCAGAGAUAUGUAGUGCGCUUGCGUAAAUGCUUUAAAAACGAUCAGCAAGCCUUGGCACAAGAAGGGAGGGUUUUAAUUGAGUACAUUGCAAUGAAUGCUAUUGCCUUGAGAAAAAUACUUAAGAAAUAUGAUAAAGUGCAUAGCUCUGUAAAGGGGGAAAAUUUCAAAUCCAGGAUGCAUGCAGAACGCAUUGAACUGUUGCACUCUCCUUGGCUAAUUGAAUUGGGUGCUUUUUAUCUAAACUCUGAUCAGUCAGAUGCUGGGGAACUGAAUGGAGUUUAUGGUCACUUUUCAUGUAACCUUAACGUGACUGAAGCUGCAAUGACUUUGGUUCUUCCAGAUUCUACGAGGCUUGAGUAUGAUCUGACUUGUGCAGUUUGCCUGGAUUUUGUUUUCAAACCAUAUGCAUUGAAAUGUGGUCAUCUCUUUUGCAAGUCUUGUGCUUGCUCGGCUGCUUCUUUGAUGAUUUUCCAAGGUCUUAAAGCAGCAAGCCCGGAGUCAAAGUGUCCUAUAUGCAGAGAGGUUGGAGUGUAUUCUAAGGCAGUGCACAUGUUAGAGCUAGAUCUUCUCUUAAAAACAAGGUGUAAAGAAUAUUGGAAGGAGAGACUAGCUGAUGAACGAGUUCUGAUGUUGAAGCAAUCUAAGGAGCACUGGAAGUCACAGUCGACCUAUGCAAUUUGAUUCUAGGAUUCUCGUUUGCCUGCAUCGUGUUGUGUCCAAAAGACAACUUGCUCAGGUCAAAAAGGCGACCAUGGGAAUAGAAUGAAGACAAACAUGAAUAGAAUCGGGCAAGGUUCUCAUUGUGGUUCUUGAAGGUAGAGAUCCCCAUAAGAUAUUCUCGAGGAGCGACGAGCUCUAUAUUGUGAGUUUGGAUUUGGCUGUCCGCCUAGGUUGCUGUUAGCAAUCUCAUGUCGCUAUCUCUAUUGGCAUAUUCCCACAGCUGAGGCGGGAGAUGGGGCGAGCGAAACGCACUGGCAUCUAAUUCGGAUAAGUGGGACGCGCAUGUUCUCCACUCAACUCUUUGAUGCUUGAUGCAUAUUUUAUUUCGUGGCCAAAAAACGAUUACAUUUCAAAAAAAGAAUUAAAGAAAUAUUGUGUUGAAGAAUAGAUUUAUUAAUAAUUUUAAAAGCAUUACACUUGAGUAUGUUUUAUUGUUUAAUAAGAGAUUUAUGGUACGUGGGACAUCUUUCGAA